CAGGCUGCAGAUAGCAUUUUGUAUAAUAUCUCACAUUGAUACAUUGUAACAAGUUAUAUUACUCUGAAUUACCUGCUGCUAUAUGUGUAUCUGACAACAGGGAGUCAGACAGACAUCCUACCCAGGAAGAUACGUUUUAUACUUUUAUAUAAUAAUAUAAAUCUACUAUUAGUUCCAGGUUAUUUACUUCCAAAUAACGUCAGGAGAGAUUAUUGGAAACGCCAGAGAAGGACAAUAUUAAAGCAGCCAGAUUGUCAAUCUGUGAUUGGGAAAGGGCUGUACUAUGCACUCCAGAGCCUAUUUACUAUUAGAGAGAGAAUACCAGCAGUUACAGGAAGCUCGACUUUACGGCAUCUCUGCGACACCAAGGACUGAUCACUUGCUUGAAUGGGUAGCUGAAAUCCGAGGUCUCAAAGAUUCCCUCUGGGAAGGAUGUGUUCUCCAACUCUACAUGACAUACCCUGAGAAUUACAACGCCCUCCCUCCAAAGAUCACAUUUAAUACCAUCCCGUUUCACCCAAAUGUGGAUCAGUCAUCUGGAAUUCCUUGUAUUAGCUUUCUGGAAAACCCUGAAGAAUGGAACCCUCGUUAUACAAUGAGUACCAUACUACUGACUAUCCAGGUCAUGCUGUCCAAUCCACAAGCAGAAAAUGCAGUGAACCUCGAAGCUGCUGACAUGUGGGAGAACAGACCAUCCAUGUACCGUCAACUCACUCUAGACUGUGUAAAAAACAGCCGUCAAAUUGAAGCCAGUGUAAUCCGUGAUCCACCCAGAGUUACAGCAACACAGGAGCUUCCGCUGCCCCCAACCCACAGGAAGAUAAAGUCGGUGUCGUUUGAAGAUUAUCACAGAAACUGGACUGAGAUUGCCACAUCGAAAGUGCCUGAAAAUGUAAAGCAUGCAAAAUAUAAAGUUCCUUCCAGCGAAACGCCUGGCAGCCAAGCUUUUGUCACGAUGAAUACGAACAAACUGUACACCUCGUUCCACAUUGGGAGUUUAUACAGUAACACGUCUUCACCUCAGAUAUCAGUGAGGAGGGGUACCCCGGAAUGCCUAAUGUGCAGAUUGUCAGAUAUGCUCUGUAUGGAACCAGCAGCCCAUUUAACAAUAUCAGAAUCUGAGGUGGACAGAGAUCUUGAUCCCAAGGGGGAGAUGUCACACCGUGAAACUGGGCGAAAUACAGAACCACCGGAGGAUGAAGUGGAGAACCUGGUGGUGUGGGCGAAUACACUCAGGGUGGACUUCUUAGAAGAGUGACAUAUGUGAAAAGAAAUGAAGACUAUUGAAAUAGUGCAUUCUCAGCUGUGAACUGAUUUGUUAGCCAUGUCUAAAUGGAACUCAGAGCUCCUCUGGGGAGAUGGAAUAAAUUUCAAAUAUAAUACCCAGGAGAGACUGUAAGAUUCUGCCUGUCACAGACCCAUAGUUGUUUUUGCACUGAAGACCCAUUAGUUAGCACUCAUUUGGCACAAACUAUCACUAAAAUGUGAAUUGUUGUCAUUUUAAAGUGAAUUAGAAAUGAAUUUCAAAUUGGCCAAAAAACAAACUGGAAGAA